ACUUGGUUUGUGCUCGUUUUGGGCCGACUCUUUCUCUUUUCCUCGACAGCGAACCCUCGUGGGAUUCCCUCAACAGCCUUCAGCGCCAAAUCCUCACGUCAGCCGCUUCAGCUGUUUCAGCCACCGUCGCCUCCCUUGCCGCUUCCAUCGCCGCGUUGCCCUUUACACUCCUCAACUUACUAUAUUCCUUUUUCUCCCAAAAGGUUUUUGAGAGAAGCUCAUUGAUUCACAGCUUCAGAAAAACAAUGGACGGCGACGAUGUAAACCGAGCCUUAACCACCACACGCUUCUCCGAUCUCCAACCUCCCCUCUCUCCACCUGUUAUUGAUGCUUUGACUCAAUCUGGUUUUCAAUUCUGUACUCCAGUUCAAGCCGCCACAAUUCCAUUGCUAUGCAGCCACAAGGACGUCGCCGUUGAUGCCGCCACUGGUUCCGGCAAAACCCUUGCGUUUGUAGUACCGGUCGUCGAAAUCCUCCGUCGAUGUUCUAGUCGCCCCAAACCUCACCAUGUAAUGGGUAUUAUAAUUUCGCCGACGAGGGAGCUUUCAUCACAAAUUUACGAGGUUGCUCGUCCUUUCGUUUCUACAUUGUCGAAUUUCAAAGCGGUGCUACUCGUUGGAGGCGCUGAUGUGAAAGUAGACAUGAAGGUUAUAGAAGAAGAAGGUGCCAACUUGUUGAUUGGAACUCCAGGAAGGUUAUUUGAUAUAAUGGAUCGUAUCGAGAACUUGGAUUUCCGGAACUUUGAGGUUCUGAUAUUGGAUGAGGCAGAUAGGCUCCUGGACAUGGGAUUCCAGAAGCAGAUAACUUCAAUUAUAUCUCGUUUGCCUAAGCUUCGUAGGACUGGUCUCUUUUCGGCUACACAAACUGAGGCAGUUGAAGAGCUUUCAAAAGCAGGGCUAAGAAAUCCUAUCAGGGUCGAAGUAAAGGCAGAAUCAAAGCCCGGUCCAUUGUCAUCAACACAACUUGCCUCUUCAAAGACUCCAUCCAGUCUUCAUAUUGAGUAUUUGGAAUGCGAAGCAGACAAGAAGUCCACCCAACUUGUUGAUAUUCUUAUUAAGAACAAAUCCAAAAAAAUCAUAGUUUACUUCAUGACUUGUGCAUGUGUUGACUAUUGGGGAGUUGUUCUACCUCAGCUUACUGGUUUGAAAGGUUUAUUCUUGAUCCCUCUGCAUGGGAAAAUGAAACAGACUGCCAGGGAGAAAGCACUAGCCUCAUUUGUAUCCCUUUCAAGUGGUGUUCUUCUAUGCACAGAUGUUGCAGCCCGUGGACUUGACAUUCCUGGCGUUGAUUGUAUUGUUCAGUAUGAUCCUCCCCAAGAUCCUAAUGUCUUUGUACAUAGAGUUGGUCGGACUGCUCGAUUGGGUAGAGAAGGAAGUGCCAUUGUUUUUCUUUUGCCGAAGGAAGAAGCUUAUAUAGAAUUUCUUUCCAUAAGAAGGGUUCCUAUACAAGAGAAAAUUUAUUGUAGUGAUGCAUCGGAUAUAAUUCCACAGAUACGAACAGCGGCAAAAAGGGAUCGUGAUGUCAUGGAGAAGGGCGUUAAGGCAUUUGUUUCUUUUAUACGUGCUUAUAAAGAACACCACUGCUCCUUCAUUUUCAGGUGGAAAGAACUUGAAGUAGGGAAGUUGGCCAUGGGUUAUGGUCUGUUGCAGCUGCCUUUGAUGCCUGAGGUGAAGCACCACUCGCUUUCGACUGACGGUUUUGUUCCAGUUGAAGAUAUUAACUUUGAGGAGGUUAAAUACAAAGACAAAUCUCGGGAAAAACAACGGAAGAAAAACCUUCAAGCUAAGAAGGAAGCGCAAAAGAAACUGCCAAAACCUGAACCCAAAAAGACCCCCAAUGUUGCAGCUCCCAUCUUGAGAAAGAAAACAGCCCGACAGAGACGUGCUACACAGACAGCUGAAGACGAGGAUGAGUUGGCACACGAAUAUCGAUUGUUGAAAAAGCUCAAAAAGGGAACCAUUGAUGAAACCGAAUAUGCAAAACUAACUGGGACAGAGGAGCUACUAUGAAAUGCAUGUGCAAAUGCUAAGAUGUUGCAAACUCUCCAAGACAUUUACGAUGUGACAAGAGUCCUUUGAGCAUUGGAGGUCCAUCAAUGGGAAUCUUCGGAGGGAGCUAGCUUGUGUUUUGAAGAAGCAAGCUUUGGUUUCAUAUGGAACAGGUAUUUUGCUGGACCGAUAGAUCAGAUCUACUGUCAUUCUUAACAUAUUUUCUCUUUUGUAAUUUGUAUAUUAUAUAGCAAGUAUACAUUAGCAGUGUUUUUACUUUUGUAAAUUAUGCCCUUUCUCAGGAUUUAGCUUUUAAUUGUUUGAUUAUGUUAUACCAAUGGAAAAUUUUUGUCUUCUUUAACAGUUGGAAUUAGUGAUCAGAUAUCACAGUUUUGUUUCUUUUUAUCUGAACAAUCAAUUGAUUGAAUGAAGUAAAUUAUUUGUUGGAUGAGUU